CGGUGAUCACCACCAUCAUCAUCAUCAUGGCGGUGUUGGUGUUGUCAGCUCCUACACCUCCUCCUCCCUCUCCCCUCCCGUCUCCUUGUCUCUCUCGCAUGCCGCUGCUGAUUUCGCUGCUUCUCAUCCUCGCCGCCUCGUCGUCGUCCACGCGCGGCGCCGAGUUCUUUCAGAGCCUGCCGCUGUUUGGGGGCGAACAGGAACCUGGGCAGGUGUGUCAGCAACAUCAGCCUCAGCAGCAGCAUCAGCAGCAGCAUCAUCAGCAGCCGCCGCCGGGCCAGGCGGAGCCCGGCACAGCGUCUCCCGAGCGAGGCGCCGAGUGCGCGGAGCGAUGGAGCCGCCUUCCGCAACUCUGCGCCGACGCGGUGCCCGUUUCUUUAAGGCACGAUUUUCCCGUCGCUUGUGAUUCAGUGGUGUCGUGUGAACAGUCAUCCAUCAACAACGAAAACUUUCUGAGCCAGGCCGUGGUUUUGGCGGAGCAGAGGAAGUUUCCUUUUCCCAGCGGAGUGCUCGACACCGACCGCCAGCUCGCCUACGGGUUUGUGUUAAUACACUUUGGACUGAACGAUGAGGCAAUCAAACACUUCACGUCUCUGCUGCAGGACAACGCAGACCUGGUCAGUGCUGUGUACGGCAGGGCCAUUGCAUAUGCACGGAAAGGGCUGCAGGAUAUUGAGAACAUGCAACGGGCGCUCGCAGAUUUCGAUCAAGUUCUGCAGUUGCAACCAGAGGCAGCGUACGUCUAUGAGCAGCGUGCAGAGCUGUUGUCCCCGCUGGGCCGGACGGCGGAGGCGGUGGCCGACUGCACCCGGGCGAUCGCGCUGCGCCCGUCGGCCCGGCUCUACCUGCUGCGCGGGACAUUCAGCUUCAUGUCCGAGGACUACCCGAAGGCCUACGAGGACUUCCAGAAGUCUCUGGAGCUGGACAUGAAUCAGCCGGUCGCCAUGCACUACAAGGGCCUGACCUUCUACCACCGCGGCAAGCUGCGGGAGGCUGUGGACACGUUCAAAGACGCCCUGAGGCUGAAGUCGGACUACACAGACGUCUACCGCAGCCUCGGCCAGGCCUACAGGGAGUUGGGCGAUUUCGAGGCGGCGAUGGAGAGCUUCCAGAAGGCGCUGCUUCUCAACCAGAAGCACGUGCUGUCGCUGCAGCUGCGCGGCAUCAUGCUGUACCAUCACGGCGAGCCCAGCCAGGCCCUCAACGACUUCAAGCGCUGCCUGCAGCUGGAGCCCUCCAACGAGGUGUGCCAGUACAUGAAGGGGCUGAGCCACGUCGCGCUGGGCCAGUUCUACGAGGGCGUCAAGGCGCAGACCAAAGUGAUGCUCAACGAGCCGCUGCCGGGGCAGAAGGCCAGCCCAGAGUACCUGCGUGUUAAGUACCUCCGAGAGUACUCCCGGUACCUGCACGCCAACCUGGACACGCCCGUGGCCGACUGCAGUGCCGACCACGACCUCACGGCAGCGUUCCGCGAGCACUGGGCCAAGAACCUGCCGUUCCUGCUCGAGGGAUACGAGGAGCAGCCGGGCCUGCAGCCUUCCAUCAGGGACGUUGUGCCGCAGAGCUUCGACGCUUACGGUGCCGACGUUCGGGAGCUGGUGUGCGCGGCCGACCGCCUGGGCUCCCUCAUGCAGUACGACGCGCCCGGCUUUCUGCCCAACCGCAGGGUUCACAGAGCCAUGGGCAUGGCGGCACUGGAAGUCAUGCAGACGCUCCAGCACGUGUGGCGGAAUGGCAAGGUGCGCGUGGCCGGGAAGAGCCGUAGGCUGACGUGGAGGGACCUCUUCGAUGUCGCCGUCAAGUGGAGGAGGAUGGUUGACCCAGACCAGCCAGUUCUGUGGUUAGACCUGAUGCCGGCACGUGGCCUAAAAAGCGGCUUCAACAGCCACAUCAACCUCGUCAGGGGUCACGUCAGCAACCUGCGCUACGCGACGUACUUUGACAGGAUGCUGACCUCCGUGAAAGAGAAACUCUUACAGCAUUAUGGAACGAACCCCAAGCUGCACGGAGAGACCAGGGAGUCGGUGGAGAAGGCGAGGUCGGUAGAGGACCUCCUCCCGGCUCUCAAGAAGAUCUUCCACAGCGGGCGGCAGCAGCAGCAGCAGCCUGGAUUCAUGGUGGCCACCAAGGUGCCGGGCAGGGCCGACCGUGACCAGCAGCUGGACGGCUUCACGCUCACCAUGACGGGCGAUGCUGUGGGAAACGUGCUGUUCAUUGCGGACACGCAGACGACGCAGCGGCGCACGGACGAGUACCACUCGGAAAUCCGCGAGCUCUUCCAGCAGUUCCUGGAGCAGGGCAAGCGCAUGCGACUCUCGGCACAGCCCGGCGAUGUGGACACGCUGUGCAAUAUAAUGCUGUCCAUGGUUUACUACUUCUACAACCUCAUGCCUCUCUCGAGGGGCUCCAGCGUGGUCGCGUACACCAUUUUGGUCGGGGGUCUGCUGGCCAGCGGCAAAGAGAUCUCCGUGAAAAUUCCGAAGGGAAUGCUGGUUGACCUGGAGGCCAUGACUGCUGGCAGUCCGGACGCCUUCAUCAGUACGAUGAGAACUUGGAUUAAAUUAAAAAGUGCAUCGUGGGUGCAGUCAGGGCUGCCGAGCGUGGCCGAGACAUUCCCAACGCUGCGGGGCGUGUUGGAGGUGCUCAACACGGACGCGGCGUCGCACUGCCACCGUGCGUCCUAGCGCCACUGGGGCACGCCUCUCUCCUUCACAACCAUAAAUUAUUUUAAUUUGUCUUUGCUGUUAUUUACACCCCAACAAGUCGUCAACUUUUGUGAUCAGGGACCACUGUAGCCCAAUCUUCCUUGCCUAUCUAGGCCAACGGGCUCUCAAUCGACGGUCAUUGUGACUAAACAUUCAAAUGUUUCAGGUUUAGCAGUCGCCUCCUUUCAGUUAAAUUUAGGUGAUAUGCUCGGAUGUGCAUGAUGAUUGCGACCGGAUCUUUAAGUCACCGCAGCUGGUGGUCAAACCAGACAACAGAUGUAUGUGGUUCUUUGUUAGAAUGUUGUGUUAACCAGCAUUUGGUUUGAGGAGGCAAAUCCAAAUCGGUGUGGACUUUGAUGACAGGAAGUUGAGAACCUUUGGGGCCUUGUUACUUAACAGCAUAUUUCAUGCAAGAAAUUGUGCAAUUCGAAAAAAGUGUCAUAAAUUUACUUUCCAGAAUUUUAUUUUUGAAGAAAUGUUGGCCACUUCAAGUACAUGUAUGUUGCACAUCACUGGAGAGCAGAAGGUAUAUUAACUGUGGCUAAGCCCUUUAAAAUAUGAAAAGGGACGUUUGUCUUAGACAUACAGUACAUAAAGGGAACACUGAAAGAGAUUAUUUUAUGUUUAAUUUAUAUUUGAUUAUUGUUUGGUAGUCGUGUCGGAAUGCACGCUUAGGCAGGGAUUUUGUCACACUCCAAUUAUUGACAACCAAAUAUGAGGAACCAGGUGUUUUUUUAAAGAAUGCCUGCAUAAGAUGUGGCUGGUGCAAACCAUCGAAGAAUUACUCUGCAGAAGUCAAUUUGAUCUGUUUUGGCUCAGAAACCAAGAGCAUGCACGUUGAUGGAGUUACGCAUUUUGUUUUGAGGCUCGGUCGGUGGUCGAUGUGCGUUGCCGUACAACCUCGGCUCAGAUUUUUCCGCACCACCAUCGCCGAUGCUGCCCUGCAUGGAUAAAGUGGCGUUUACCACCACCGACCAGCGGAUCCUGCUGGGCAUGAUGGAAGCAGCAUUCUUCUUUGUAAUUGAGUUAUUAAAAUACUCCAUGGCAUUGUUUGCAAGAGUAGGCACUUAAAAGGCAGUGUUUUGGAUCAAUGAAUCAAUUGAUUGCAAAGUACUCAAUUUAAAUGUGGUUAAAGUUGCGUGCGUCAACACAACUGGCUGCCUAACCCCCAAACACUUUGGUAGAUGGCGUUCACCCUGAGACGUGUUCAUUGCGCAGAGUGCGGGAUGACUGGUGAUGGUCAUGGGGUGGUGAACAAAUCGAGUCUCCGAUGAGCUUUUGGUGAAAUCUCGAGAAAGGAUGCCUGACGCCUUUCUGUCGAAUGGCGCCGACCUUCAGUGUUCACACCACCAACGUGGCCGGUGAAAAGCGUCGCAGUUAGGGGGUGAGGGCACGAGUGGUCAUUUUACUUAGAUUGCCAGGACAUGUUUGAUCAAAGUCAUCUCUUCAAUGCAUGAAAUAAGUUUGCGUACAAAGGCGCCUUUGAUUUUUCUAACACCUGCCAAGAGUUCCGACGGCGGAGGUUGCUGGCACUUUUAAUUUGAGGCGUCAAACGCCCAGGGGAAAAAUACAAUAGAAAGUCUCUAUUACCUUGUUUAAUUUGAAAACUUGGAUUCGAUUGCUCAAUCUUUGCCAUACAUAAAAGAGCAAGAACUGUAUGUGGCAUUCUCAGUUGGAUGCAAGAUUGUUACUUA